AUGCGGCUUUGGCACAGCCUCUUCGCUUGGUUCGUGGUACUCGUUACACGAGCUGCAGCGAAUGGUAUUGAAGGUUACGGCCUCUCCUCUUAUGACCCCCUCUGCGCCGAAUCGUGCCUCCGGUCCCUGUCAUCUCUUUCGCUGUCUUGCAGCGAGCACAGCGAUGGUCAUGGACACAUGAUGAUGGCCAUGGUAACCACGCCAGCUUGUCGCGCCAACAACACCGCUUUCCUCACAUCUACGGCUUGGUGCCUCAGUGUUAAAUGCGCCGACCAACACGUCUCGAAGCUCGAGGCGUACUGGGAAAAAUGGGUUACGGGAAGUAAGGAGGUCGUUCCAAAAUGGACUUACUCUGAGUCUCUCGCCAAGGUGGAUCCCCGACCACCAAAGUAUGAAGUUGCUGAUACAGACAUGUCACUUAAUGAGACUUCUGUCGUCAACCCAACCGCCUAUCUCAAGCAGUGGAAUGUAUUGGGUGGUGUCAAGCGUGAGAUUACUCUUGAAUCCACAUACGGAAUCGUUCUCAUAGCUGUUGCGGUCGGCCUCCCAGUGUUCAUGUCCUGGCUACGAUACAUACCCUUCAUGUCCGCCCUCUAUGAUCGACUCAAACCAUACAUCCUUUAUCCCAGCACGAUCGGAACCUUUUCUGUGCGUCCGUUACCAUUUCAAAUUGGAAAUGCACCAACCGUUGGCCAAGGAAUUUACAUUGCCAUAUUCGUCGUCCUCAACGUGGUUUUGACCGCCAUUGGCUACCGUACGGCUCAACCCAAUGGCUGGUUCACGAGCUCUUGGCAAGAACUUAUCGCCUAUCUUCUGUACCGAACAGGAGCCUUCGCUUUUACCCUUCUUCCCGUUCUGCUUGUGUUUUCGUCGAGAAAUAAUCUUUUACUGUGGAUAACGAAUUGGUCACAUCCAACGUAUCUGUUGCUACAUCGUUGGAUCGGCCGACUGUUCACUCUCUACGCCGUGCUGCAUUCGAUCUUUGGCCUGCUAGCCUACAGACACUACGAGAAAACAGUAUGGUGGGCAUGGGGUGCUGCAGCCACUGUGUUCAGCGUCGUGCUCAGCGUCGGCAGUGGGCUGUACGUUCGAAGGAAGAACUAUGAAGUCUUCCUACUGGUGCAUAUUAUCCUGUCCGUAAUUAUCAUUGUUGGUUGCUGGUACCAUCUUGUCCUGUGGUACGAGUCGAUGGGUAUGCAUGUUCCAGAUUAUACAUCCGGCUAUGAGGUCUGGCUCUACAUUGCUUUUGCGGUCUGGGCAUUCGACCGAAUUAUCCGAGUCGGUCGUGUACUUGGUGCAGGAGUCAAAAGAUCUAAAGUUACAGAUCUUGGCAACGAUUAUAUGCGUAUUGACAUUGAGGAAACUCGCUGGACCGACGAGCCGGGCAAGCAUUUAUAUGCAUACUUUCCUACUCUCAGCUUCUACCGACCGUGGGAGAACCAUCCUUUCUCAAUUAUACCCACUGGACUGCUGCAGAACCGGGACGCGUCGUUGCCAAGUUCGCCGUUCCAUGAUGGUGCUGGAGGAAAGGAUCUUGAGAGCACGACGCAAAACACUGUCCGACGGGUCUCUGCAAGCUCGGAUGAGAAGCGUAACUCCGGAGGUGUCACACUUUUCGUCAAGAAGGCAAAGGGCAUUACAAACUAUCUCCAGCCAGCCGAUAAUCUAUUGACCCUCGUUGAAGGCCCCUACGGGAACAACAACAAAGACCAGAUCUUACGAUGCGAUCGUGUAGUUUUAAUUGGUGGUGGAAUCGGUAUUACAAGUCUUCUCCCAUGGAUGCUGGGCCACUGGAAUGUCAAGCUCGCUUGGAGCGUCAAAGCAUCUGCUCAAUGUUUGGUCGAUGAGCUUGAGCCAUGCAUCAACACGCUAGACCAGGCUCAAAGGGAUAUCCGUAUCGGUAGCCGAUUUAAUAUUUCUGCACUGAUCGACGAGGAGGUGACUAUGGGCUGGAAGAGGAUCGGCGUGGUUGUGUCUGGACCAGGACCGCUUUGUGAUGAUGUCAGAGCAAAGGUGGCGGCAGCAGGCAAAGCUAGCAAGACUGUAUUUGAGCUGGAGGUAGAUGCUUACUCUUGGUGA